CCGUGUCCCUGCAAGAUGGUGACGUGUCUGCGGGGACACACGGGGCUGGUCAAAGGCCUGACGUGGGACCCGGGUGGGAAGUACAUCGCCUCGCCCGACGACCACAGCCUGCGAGUGUGGAGGACGGUGGACUGGCAGAUGGAGGCCAACAUCACCAAACCCUUCAGCGAGGUGUGGGGGACGACCCACGUCCUUCGUCUGUCCUGGUCUCCUGACGGUCAGUAUCUGGUGUCGGCUCACGCCAUGAACAACUGGCCGACGGCUCAGAUCGUGGAGAGACGCGGCUGGAAGACCAACAUGGACUUUGUGGGCCACCGUAAAGCCGUCACGGUGGUGAAAUUCAACCCAAAGAUCUUUAAGAAGAAGCAGAAGAACGGCAGCGCUCCCAAACCGGGCUGUCCCUACUGCUGCUGCGCCGUCGGCAGCAAGGACCGCUCGCUCUCCGUCUGGGUCACUGACCUCUCUGAAGCGCCCCUGGUGGUCAUCCAUGAUCUGUUUGAUAAAUCUAUCAUGGACAUUUCCUGGACUCUGACAGGUCUGGGGAUGUUGGUGUGUUCGAUGGACGGCACGGUGGCGUACCUGGACUUCUCCCUGGACGAGCUGGGAGACCCGCUGAACGAGGAGGAGAAGAACAGCAUCCACCAGAACAUCUACGGGAAGAGUCUGGCCAUCACCAACACGGAGGCUCAGCUCUCCACCACCAUCAUCGAGAACCCCGAGAUGCUCAAAUACCAGCAGGAGAGGCAGAACUCUGCACAGGGCAACACCGGACCGGGCAGCGCCGGGCCCGAGUCCUCCGCCCCCAAACUCAACAGUGUGAUGAACGGAGAGUCUCUGGAGGACAUCAGGAAGAACCUCCUGAAGAAGCAGGUGGAGACGAGGACGGCAGACGGCAGGAGACGGAUCACUCCGCUCUGCAUCGCUCAGCUGGACACCGGGGAUUUCUCUCCGGCUCUGUUCAACAGCGCUCCCAUCCUGCCGUCCGGCUCCUCCAUGUCCAACCAGCUCACCUCCCAGCUCAGCUCUGACUCCAGCCCAGGACAGGCCUCCUCUCUGGGGCUGAGGCCUGGACACGACGCCCUGCUCACCUCACCACCACCCAGCAGCUCCGCCAAGGGCCUGGAGGACAAGGACGGGGUGAAGUCCAGUCUGCUGCUCACUUCUGCCUCCAAGAUCGAGCCGAUGAAAGCGUUGGACUCGAGGUUCACGGAGAGGUCGAAGGCCACGCCAGGGGUCACCUCCGCCAUCUCCUCCACCGCCGGACUCACGCCUCUAGAGAGGCCUAAAGACAGCCUCUCCGCUCUGAGAGAUGUCAAAACCAAAGAAGACACCAGCAGCGACAGCGAGGACAAGAUGGCCACCAUCAACAAAAACCUGCCGUUCGGCAAGAGGAAACCCGAGCUGCUGCUGGACGGAGGAGAGGUGGUGGAGAAGAGGAAGAAGGGACGGCCCAGGAAAGACAAGAUGGCCGCUCCAAUGGCCCAAGCCUUCCCUCAGAUCACUCCAGCAGCAGACAGAGAGCCCAGCAGAGUGGCAGCUCCCACUGCUCCCACUGCUCCCACUGCUGCUCUGAAGCUCCCCACACCCAGCCUGAAGAAGGUCUUCAGCCUGCAGGUGAGCAUGGAGCCCUCUGUGUUCCUGGAGGUGGAGAACGAGGUGUCUCUGGUUGCUGGUUCUAAGCUCAGCCAGCUGCGGUGCUCCAGAGACGGGCGGGACUGGAACACGCUGCUGCCCAGCUCGGUGGUGACGGCAGCAGGCAGCAGUGACGUGCUGGCCGUGGCCUGUCAGGACCGCAUGCUGUCCGUGUUCUCGUCCUGCGGCCGCCGGCUGCUUCCUGCCAUCCAGCUCGCCACGCCCGUCUCCGCGCUACACUGCUCCGCCCACUUCGUCAUGGCGCUGACUGCCGGAGCCACGCUGUCCGUCUGGGACGUUCAGAAACAGAAAGCUCUGGUGAAGAACGAGUCGCUGCUGACCAUUUUAUCUGGUGCUGACACCACCGUGUCCCAGUCUCUGCUGACUCAGCAGGGCGUCCCAGUCGUGGGCCUGUCCAACGGGAAGUCGUACUGCUUCAGCUCCUCUCUGGAGACGUGGACUCUGAUAGCAGAUAAGGGGGACUCUCUGGUCCAGUGUGCAGACUUCAGGAGCUGCCUACCUUCCCACGAUGCACCUGCCUCCUCGGGGCCGCUGGCCGUCAUGCAGGGACGCAACCUCAACGCUGGUCGCCUGGCGUCCCGGCUCUCCUCCACGCCGCACCACCUGCAGCAGAGCAUGACGCUCGCCUUCCUGGAGAACCAGCUGGCGUCAGCGCUGACGCUGCAGUCGGCGCAGGAGUAUCGCUACUGGCUGCUCAUCUACGCCAGAUUCCUCGCCAACGAAGGAUCAGAGUACCGUCUCAGAGAGCUGUGUAAGGAGCUGCUGGGUCCGGUCCACAGGUCAGCAGCCUCCUCCUGGGAGCCCACCACUCUGGGUCUACGGAAGCGUGAGCUGCUGCGGGAGGUUUUGCCCGUCAUGGUGGAAAACCUGCGAUUCCAGAGACUGUUCACGGAGUACCAGGACCAGCUGGAGCUGCUGCGUAACAAAUAACACACACACACACACACACACACACACACACACACACACACACACAGAGACACUCAGACUGCCACAAACACACACCUGGACUCAUCAUGAAACCAGUUUUGGUUGUCCCGGUAAACUCUUUCUGACUGGCAGCUUGAAGCUGUCCUGGCUGGAGACCCUCUGGAGACCCUCUGGGGGUCUGGAGACCCUCUGGAGACCCUCUGGAGACCCUCUGGGGGUCUGGAGACCCUCUGGAGACCCUCUGGGGGGUCUGAUGAGAACUGGACUAGCAGCUCUGGGACUCUCAGCUGUCGCUCACUGGGAAGAAGUGGGUGCUUUUUUUUGUUUUGUUUUUUCUAAUCACGAUCUCAGUUUGACCUUUUUCGUCUUUUGUCUUUUUUCUUGCUGAACGUGCUCCCUCUGACCUAUGCACCUCUCUGCACUCCUAAUCAUGGACUAUAAGAGGAGGCGCUGGUUGGACUCCUGGUUCCUCCUCAGAGAGAAACAAACACAAACAGAAAUCAGAAGUGGAUGUAAAGGAGCAAUAGGCUUGUACCAAAGUGAUGCCUUUGACAGUGUAGAAACAACAGAAAGGAGAAGGCGUCCAGACAACAAGGUCCGACCGGCGGUGGGGAGUUUCCUUCAGGGGGUCGUGUCUCUUUAAUGCCAAAAUGUGAAGUCAACAGUGAGCGAAACAGAUAAUCAGGAUGGAGCUCAGAGAUUUACGCCAUGACAAGAAGAAAUGAAUGUGUUAAAGAGCACUUAUAGGGAGACUUUGGGUUUUUUAAGAUGUGGUGUAUGACGUAGUUAUCCUGCUGGUGGAUCUAUUUAAACUAAAACCUCUUCACCUCGCUGUCAGACAGGAGCUGGAGCUGGUGUUGAUGGUUUCUUCAAGGCCGACAGACUCGAUUUAAGCUCACAGAACACGAAAGUUUGUUUGUGUGACUUGGGUGAAUCUGCACUAACACUUUAAAACACAAGCAGUCACACAGAAACACAAACAAACGAACCAACAAGGGAGCAGGAGACCAGCUGCUGUGUUCUGAGAUAAAGUUAGUGGUUUUGUCAGUCUGGUGGGUUUCAUGGAGCGGAAAACAAUCCUCGAUUGGUUAUUUUGCUUUUUAAAGUGUUUUUUUGGAUUCACAAAAGUCACACAAUAACACAAACUAACUAACUGAUGAAGGGAGCAGGAGACCAGCUACUCCUGUGUUCUGUGCGAUAAAAUUACUGGUUUUGUCAAUAGAGUCUCGUAUUUUAACUGCUUUAUGAAAUCCACCAUUCAUUAGCCAUUUUCAUUGCUGAGCAUUGUUGGUGGUCCUCCUGAUGCUGAGGCAUGUAGCCUAGCUGCUAGCUGUGCUUCCUUCAGAGCCACCAGACUCCAUUAACAGAACCAGUAAUGUUAGCCUGGAGCAACACAGAGCUGCCGGUCUGCCUGCUCCCAGAUCGGUCCCUUUGUUUGUGCUGUUGAGUGACUUUUAUGAAUCCAAACCAACCAUUAAAAAACACUACAGUCAUAAAAUAACACAAACAAACUGAACUGAUCAAGGCAACAGUCCUGUGAGGUAAAAUUAUUGGUUUCGUCUUUAGAGUUCUGUGGUUUUGAAGAGAGCAGAUAUAACGGCUUCAGUUCCCCUCAUGUUCAUGUUAAAGGGCAGGAUAGCUAGGAAGCUAAGCAAUGGAAAUGAUGAAUUAAUUGUAUUUUCACAGCUUAACGAUGCAGUUAGACAGCCCUGUGUACAUUUACAUGAUCUCUCUUUAAACACCAGACUCCAUUGACAAAAACAGUCAUUUCAGCUCACAGAAAACAGCCUCAACUGGUCGCUACAGUCAUAAAAUAACACAAAGAAAUAACCAAUCAGGGCAGCUGUAGACCAACAACUCCUGCGUUCUGCGAGGCAAAAUGACUGGUUUUGUCUGUAGAGUUCUGUGGUUUUGAAGAGAGCAGAGAUAACGGCUUUAGUUCCCCUCAUGUUAACUUUAAAGAGGCAGGAUUAGCUAGGAAGCUAACCAAUGGAAAUGAUGAAUGGAUAGUCCUAAGAGGAACCUAUGCUCUCUUUAAGGGCACCAGACUCCAUUGAGUUUGUGAGCUUAAAUUACUGUUUUUUUCAAUGGAGUCUGGUGGAUUUCAUAAGGGAGUUAGACUGCUGUCCAUUAACUAUUUUCACCAGACUCCAUUGGCAUCAACAGUCGUUUCAGCUCACAGAAAACAGCCCCAACUGGUCGCUGCAGUCAUAAAAUAACACAAAGAAACAACCAAUCAGGGCAGCAACUCCCGUCUUCUGUCAGGUAAAAAGACUGGUUUUAUUAAUGGAGUCUGGUGGGCAGAAGCUGGAUAAAGACCUCAUACAACCACACUUUAAAGUGUUUCCAACACAAUAAAAUGAGUUUUUGCACAAAAGAAGAACAGGAAGCGCAGCAGCCAAAUGAAUAUUGUGAAUGAAUUUAGACUAAAAACACAAAUCAGAUAACAUGAGAACAGUGUCAGAUAACAUAAUAAAGUAAAAUACUAAAUGUUGACGCAGCAGCUGUCGAAGCCACGCGACUUUUUCUAAACAACACUUUGGCGCCAUGAUGUCAUCGAUUGUUACAUCAGUUUUUACCAUCAAAUCAACUUGAUCAAAUGCUUUGUUUUGUCUCAGAAUCUUGAUAACGAGUCACAUUUUUUAAUUGUAGUAGAUGAAUUGAUUCAGAACCAGUUUCCAGGCAGAUCUUAAUAACCUUCAUGAUGACAUCUGAGAUGAUAUCUUCAGUUCCUUCCUCUGAUCUGCACAGACUUGAACUUCUGUUACUGUAAACUUGUCACAUGCACACAGAUUUAUUGUAAAUAUCAGAAACUCUGGGCUCCACUAUCUUGGCUUUGCAGAUUUUCCAAGAUAUAUAUCAUGUUUAUCAUGUUUAUCAUUAACAGGCCUCUGAGGUUAUAAAAUGCUUUUUCACUCAGUAAAAUGAAAUGUUCCAUCUUUAUUGUUUUCAUGUGAUCAGAGAGAAAUGUCCUGAUAUUAUUUGGUCUGUUUUCACUUCUCGUCUCUUUUGUAAAUAACCUCGUUCUCUCUGUUUCCUCUCUGUUGCCGGGCAGAAACCACUGCAGAAAAACCCGUUUUUCAGGACUUGUUUUGACCUCUGACAUCUAUAACUUGACAUUUAAACAGGUUUCAAAAGCCCAACAACACCUCAAUGAACUCCUGUUGAAGACAGAGUCCUUUAUUUAGCCUCUCCUGUGCUCCGGCUCCUCCUCUGCUACCAGAUGUGUAAAUAAAUGAAGAGUGAGCGCUGGAGAGGAGAGGAACAACUCUUCUUUCUUCACUCGUCUGUACAGAGUUUUUCUUUCGUUAGUCAUUUUUAAAUGUUUGUACACAAGGUAGUUUUUUUUU